ACGGACAGGGGCAAGCUAUGCUGAAGACUAUGGACCUAAAAUCACCAAACAGAACCAAAAUCUCUGACUUGUCGGCAGCAAAUCUGAGAAACAACCCUCACCCAAAAGAGGCAUUCCUUUCGUGGCGGUUGCCGUCUCAUUUCCCACCCUUAAUAGAAGGGUGUACCCUUUCAGAGGCAUCGAGUGCAGAAAUGGUGGACAACUUGAAGAAAAAAGCGAAGCCUCUGUCAACCUAUCAACAAGACUAUGUCAAAGGUAUAAAUUACCACCAGAAAAAACAGUUAUGUAUGCAUACUCGGAUAAUAGGGUCACAGGUACUGGGAAAUCUCCCUCAACUUUCUUGUGCAAUGGACAAAGUGAAGAAAACCAAAAGCUCAUCUCCUACAGUGUCU